AUGUCACAUACAAUCAAGAAUGUGGCUCUUGCCGGGGCUAGUGGAAAUGUCGGAGCUCAGGUACUCAGUGCAUUACUCGAUCUCGAGUUCAAUGUAACGGUGCUUAGUCGCAAUUCCAAACCCUUCCCGACCGCUGCUCGCGUGAAAGUUGUUGACUUCACUUCGGUGAAGUCAUUAUCUGCUGCUCUCGCUGGACAGGACGCAGUCAUCGAUACUACUUUCUCGCCCGAUGUUGAAACACCACUCCGACUUAUUGAUGCGGCAGCCGAGGCUGGGGUUUAUCGUUUUAUCACCAGCGACUUUGGACUCGACCCUGACCUACCAGGUGUUCAUGAUAUGCCUGUUUUCGCCCGAAAGAAAGCUUCUUAUGAGGCCGUGAAGAGACAAGCGGCUGAUAACCGCUUGACGUACACGCUGCUAGCUUGUGGUGCAUUCCUUGAUUGGAGUCUCUCCUCUGGGUUUUCCGGUCUGGGCUUUCAAGAGAAGAAAGCUUUCAUCUUUGGCGAUGGAAACAACGUUGUUCCAUGGACGACGUUAGAGGAUGUUGGCAGAGCAACUGCGAGCGUGCUUUUGCAUCCACAAGAAACUCUGAACCGCCCGGUCUAUAUUCACUCUGUAUUCAUGUCACAGAACCAAAUUCUCGACGCAACAAAAGAGGUUUUGGGGAACGAGGGGUGGGAAACAACAUACAACGAUAUGGAACCUCUUUUGGAAAAUGCGUUGGCGGAUCUUAAGACUGGGAACAUUAGUGCCUCAACUUUUGAAGUCCAAAUACAGUACUGCCUAGCUACUAGAGCGCUUGCACACCCCUGGGCAAGAGACGAUAACCCCCUAUUGGGACUGAAAGACUGGGAUCUAGCGAAGGUUAAAAGGCUGAUUGAGACGAUCGCCCACAAAGAAGGUUGA